AUGGCAACACGUUCCACCUCCUCUACCCCACAUCCCCAAACUCCCCCUCCACCUAACCUAAGCAACGACGACUCGUUAGAGUCUAAUAUUUCCUAUUCAGACGCAACAAUGCUGCAAAAAAUCACAAAAACUCUGGAUUUUUCCUCCGCGCUCAAAGCAAACAAUAACACCAGCACCCCCAACCCCCCUCCCACUUCCUCCUCCAACAACACCAACACACAACAAACCUUCAACCUAAGAUCCCUCCCAAUCAAAUACAGAUCCCAGAAAGAACUUUACAACCUCAUAAAUACUCAUGAAAUCCUAAGAAAUCAAAUCCUAUUUUUAAAAGCCAACCUCAAUCAAACGGCACUGCUUAAAACAACCUCAAACGUAACGCAAUCACAACUUGAAACAAAACUCAAAAACGCAACCGGAGAGAACUCAAUCCGCGUAAUCCUCAUAAAUCCCAGAAACCUUCUAAAUAAGAAACCGCAAACCACAAGGAAUCCCACGUUCUCUAUGGUGAUCAAGGGUGUCCCCAAAGACAUCACCAUGGGCGAUCUGGAAGAAUCCUUCAAAGAAAUUAAUUUCCCAACAAUUAAAUUUUGGAGAAUCACCUCUCGGGCAACCAACCAACCCACAACCCUAAUCAGAGUCAUCACUGACUCUGAAUCCUGUUAUUCCCGAGCCCUAAACUUAGGUAUUUCAUUCUUCGGAAUGAAAUUCCAGGUUGAACCAUCCAAUCCCAACCCUAUCCCUCCUAUCCCAAAAUAUUGCAGCAGAUGCGCGGAAAACGGACAUUCCCUAGAGGAAUGUAAAAACCGUAUUUCAUGUCCUCAUUGCGGCGAUGAACAUAAACCCCAACAAUGCCCAAAAAUCCAAAAUCCUAAAUGCAAAAAUUGCAACGGAGAUCACCCCGCCUUCUCCCCCAAAUGCCCCAAAAGGGCCGAACCCCCCCAAACCCCAUCGGAAGUUGCCCCGAAAGGUUUAGAUGAACACAAAAAACAUAUUGCUCAAGAUGAUAACACUAUAAUCGAUACGGAGAAUGAGAGACAAUGUACCUCUAAUUCUUUGUCAGGUAGUGAAGAUGUGUUCAAUAAUCGACUAGACAAUACAAUUAUUGAAAAUUCAGAAAAGAGUUCCGCCGCUGAAGAAACUGCCAUCAAUAUGGAUGAUGAAGAUAGACAAGAUAUAGUUGAACAAAGGAAUGGAGAACUCAUUUAUACGGAACUGACUAAUGUUGCCAUUGAAAUAAUUCAAGCUCCCGAUGGAACAGAGUGGAAUACAGAAGGAGUUGAAGAAAUAUUAUGGGAUUAUGAGGGACGUGAAAGGGACGGAAAUAAAGAAACGAAUGAGGAUACUGAAGAUGAUAAGGCAAGAGAUGAUGAUGCUGAUGAAGAAUGGACACCCGGGGAAGAGAAAUCAGUAUCAUCGGAUGAGGAGACAGAUGAGCAGUUGGAUAAUGAUAUGGAAAUGGAUAUGAAUGGGGACAGAGAAGAAGAAAUAAAUGAUAAUAUGAAUGAGCAGGAGGAUAACAUAGCAAAUAAUAUAACCGAGAAUGAAAGACAAGGCGAAGAACAUCGAAAUGAAAAUGAUAGGACUGUUAUAAAGAGGUCUAGAAAUCGUACAGCUGCACCAGAAACAUGGAUAAGAAAUCGAAGAAAGAUUCAAAGGCAAGCAGGGCUACCUUAUAUGUCAUCGCGAAAAAAGUUCAUCCCAGGAAAAUCGAUGAAAUAUAAGGAUUGCUCUAAAUGUCCAAGGAAUUGCAAUGGAGCAUUUUCUGAAGAAGAAACCAGUCAAAUUUUUCAACAAUUUUGGAAACUUGGAGACGAAGAAGAUCAGAACAAAUUCAUAGGUUCAUUAGUUUCACAAGAAACUAAGAAAUCUGGUAAAGAGAAUUCCAGGAGAAAAAGUACACACAUCUACCAUUUGAGCAAAAAUGGGACAAAAAUUGUCGUGUGUAAAGGAUUUUUUCUGUCUUCUUUAGGGAUAACGGAAUCAAAGGUUUACCAUAUCAUGAAAUCCAGAAAUACAAAUUAUUUCAUUGAAAAAUCGAGGCGUGGGAAAUGUGAGAGUGCAAACAAAAUUCCAUUGGAUGCAAGAAACUUCAUAAAGGAUCACAUCAACUCAUUUCCCAGAGUACCAUCGCAUUAUACCAGGAAAGAUACAAACAAGGAAUAUUUAGAAAAGGACCUCAAUCUGAAUAUAAUGUACGAUCUUUAUAAACAACACUGUGAAGAGAACGGUAGAAGAGCAGAAAAAUUGUGGUACUACAGGUCGGUAUUCAAGACUGAAUUCAACAUGUCAUUCCAUAAGCCAAGAAAAGAUAUGUGUGACACUUGUUACGUUUUUGAGCAUAGUAAACCAGAAGAAAAAAGAGAAAUACAGGAGGAUUAUGACGAGCAUGUGUUGAGAAAAAUCGAAGCUAGAAAAUUCAAGAAUGAUGCGAAAGAAAGAGCUGAGAGAGAAGAAUGUGUUUUGAUUGAAUUUGACCUUGAAGCUGUGUGUUAUACUCCAGCAACUAAUGCUAAAGCUCUUUUUUACAAGAGUCGUUUAGCUGUAUAUAACUUCACAGUUCUCAAUGUUGUGGAUAAAAAAACAGUAUGCUACAUGUGGCACGAAGACACCUGUGGUGGACAAAAUCGAAAUGCAAACGUUGCUGCUUUUUGCAUUCAUGCUGUGAAAUAUUUGGACAUUCCAGUAAUAAAUCAAAUGUUUUUCGAACCUGGACACUCUCAAAUGGAGGUUGACAACAUUCAUGCUCAGAUUGAAAAAAAGAAGAAAAAUGUGGACAUAUUCGAUCCCUCGGGCUGGUACGCAUUAGUCCGAUCUGCUUGCAAGAAACAUCCUUAUACAGUAUAUGAAAUAGAUCAACCUGAUAUCAAGUGUUUCAAGACACUAAGGAAGGAAAUCCUAAAAAACAAAAAUAUAGACACUAACGGUAAUGAUGUUAACUGGUUGAAUAUAACAUGGCUGCAAUAUAGGAAAGAUGAUCCAGAACAUAUUUAUUUCAAGUACCGAAAAACAGAGGAGAAUUUCAGGAAAAUCCAAAUAAUUCGACGUGUUUCCCGGGCAACACAAACUAAAAGCAUUACUUUAUUGGAAGCUUAUUCACAGCCCAUACCAAUCAGCAAAGAAAAGAUGCAAAACUUGAAAGAACUAUGCAACAAAAAAAUCAUUCCCAGCCAAUAUCAUCACUUUUAUGAAUCAUUGGUCAGCAUUUGA